AUGGCGUUCAACUACACGAAGGCUUUAGUCGUGAGCGGUAAGCGUAACCUUCUACGACCGCAUUGCACAUCCACCUUAGGUGCGGCGGCCGCGCUGGCGUAUGUGGUCUACUAUUUCAUAAAGGAGGCGAAUGACGAGGAAGAAGAAGAAGGGGACCUCUACAAGGGAGAAUCACGGACUAUAUUGUCAAAGCCAUCCGCAAACUUAGAAGGGAUGACUCGCAUGGAUGUGCUUAAUCUGCUAAAGAAAAUCAUGCAGAGCCAGGAAAAGGCGAAGACAAUGCUGCGUUCAUUGGUGCAAGAAAUCAUAGACAACGACUUCAGCGAAACCGUGGAUGGCCUGUAUCGCCGUAUAGUGAACGACGUCCCCGUUGACCCUUUGAAGUCUAAAGGCCUCACUUUGCUAGACCUCGACUACCUUGUGGAGAGGUACCAAGGCGACUAUGAAAUCCGCACGCAAAUCAUCGAAAUGAUCAGCCAACCGGCAGCGGAGCAGGAAGAAGAUGACGUCGACAUACCGAGCGAAGUAGUAAUUUCCAUCUACGAGUAUAUGCUUGCGGAGCUGCAAGGUCUGCAGACUAGGCAGCAACCCAUGACCACGUUGCCAGACCUCAACGUCAGCGCCGCAAGCCUGGCAGUGCAGGCUAUAAUUGCCGCAAAGGUCCAGAAGAAGUUCGGAUACACCCCGGUGCAGGUCGACCGCUCCGUCACGAGGAACCAGGCAGAACUGGGCAUGAGCAACAAGUUCGCACGCCUCGCCAUUCAGAUACAAAGUGAAAUGACGGAUCUCACUGGGUAA